CGACCACAGCCCGGGUGCCCCCCCGGCCCCUUUUGCAGCGGCGCUCGGGCUGAAGGGGCGCGGGGGAGGGUGUCUUUGCGGCGGCCCUGAGCCCCGCUCCCUGGCUGGCUCCCCCCCAGGCUGGGGGGGCUGAGGGCGGCUCCGCUUGGCCUCUCCAGCCCGCAAAGGGGAGUUUCCAGGAAGUGGCCAUAUUGGAUUCAUUCAGCCGCAUCGAUCCGGGGAGAAGAGCGGGGCUCCGGCAAGGCAGUUUCCCGGCCAGAGACCCGCCGCAGGACCCCCCGCUCCAGCCAUGGCUGCCACGGACCUGGAGCGCUUCUGCAAUGAAGAGAAGCGGAAUCUUUCCCUGGGGGGCCAUGUUGGAUUUGAUAGUCUCCCAGAUCAGCUUGUCAGCAAAUCUGUAACACAAGGAUUCAGCUUCAACAUCCUCUGUGUGGGUGAAACAGGCAUCGGGAAAUCCACACUAAUGAACACACUUUUCAAUACCACCUUUGAGACGGAGGAGGCCAGUCACUAUGAGAAUGCAGUUCGUUUACGACCGCGUACCUAUGACCUGCAGGAGAGCAACGUGCACCUGAAACUGACAAUCGUGGAUGCAGUGGGGUUUGGAGACCAGAUAAAUAAAGAUGAAAGUUACAGGCCAGUAGUUGAUUACAUUGACACGCAGUUUGAAAACUACUUGCAAGAAGAGCUGAAAAUCCGUCGUUCUCUUUUUAAUUAUCAUGACACAAGAAUCCACGUCUGCCUUUACUUCAUCACUCCAACUGGGCACUCACUCAAAUCCUUAGAUCUGGUAACGAUGAAGAAGCUGGAUAGCAAGGUGAAUAUUAUCCCCAUCAUCGCCAAAGCAGACACCAUUUCCAAGAGCGAGCUGCACAAGUUUAAGAUAAAAAUAAUGAGCGAGCUGGUCAGUAACGGAGUGCAGAUCUAUCAGUUCCCCACGGAUGACGAAACUGUCGCAGAGAUCAACUCCGUAAUGAAUGCUCAUCUGCCCUUUGCCGUUGUUGGCAGCACAGAGGAGGUGAAAGUUGGAAACAAGCUGGUGAGAGCUCGGCAGUACCCAUGGGGGGUGGUGCAAGUCGAGAAUGAAAGCCAUUGUGACUUUGUGAAACUGCGAGAAAUGCUGAUUCGAGUCAACAUGGAAGAUCUUCGGGAACAGACUCACACCCGCCACUAUGAGCUGUACAGACGGUGCAAGCUGGAGGAGAUGGGGUUCAAGGACACAGAUCCUGACAGCCAGCCAUUCAGCCUUCAAGAAACCUAUGAGACCAAAAGAAAAGAGUUCCUUGGUGAACUGCAGAAGAAAGAGGAAGAAAUGAGGCAAAUGUUUGUGAACAAAGUCAAGGAGACUGAAUCAGAACUGAAAGAGAAGGAAAGAGAGCUACACGAAAAGUUUGAGCAUUUAAAGAGGAUACAUCAGGAAGAGAAGAGGAAGGUGGAGGAGAAGAGGAGGGAGCUGGAGGAGGAGAUGAAUGCCUUCAACAGGCGGAAACUAGCAGUUGAAACCCUGCAGUCUCAGUCCUUGCAAGCUACUUCGCAGCAGCCACUGAAGAAGGAUAAAGACAAGAAAAAUUAAUCGCACACAGGCCAAGAGUGGACUUUGUACUUUCAUGUGUUAAGUUGCUUGACUUUCCUACCUUGUGUUACUUCUGUCAUAACAUUGUGUGAGUGGACCAAAGUGAAAGAGAAAAUGAGCCUCUUCAGUGUUUACAGUGUAACAAUUUAUUGUUAUCUGUACAGGACUUAUGAAUAGUUUUUUAAGGAAGUAAAGGUCAUACUGUGUAAAUUUUCUGACACAAAGUCAACUAAUCCUGAAAAUGAGCAGGCUUGUUUUGUUUCAGACCUGAUGGGCAAACAUCCACUUGUAAAGUGACCAUAAUUGUUUUAUCAGAAUUAAUGUUACUAAUUGAUAGUUACUUUACAGAUUACAUUAAUUUGUAAUGCUUAAUGGGACUCCUGAUUUGAUUUUUUUUCUACAGUUGUUAUAAGUAGUGUGAAGAACACACUUUUAUUUUUCUAAGAAAAGUCACAACUUGAAUAAGUUUAGAAUUGAAAAAAACACUUUGAAUUUCCUAACAGGGCCUGAGUGCUCUAGGCUGAGUAACCUACUCUCAGGUCAUUUAAAAAAAAAAACACCCUAAGUUCUCUAAACACUUUGUGCCGUGCAUAAUAUAAAGAGAGUGGCAAUACAAGUCCUACGACAACGUUUUGAUUUUUCUUUACUGCUAACAUGGAACAUUUAAAUAGGAAGAUUUUCCUUUCCUUAGGGUUUGUUAUAUUAUGUGGAACGAUGGAAUUUUUGUAACUCCACUUGUAACUUAACCAGUGUGUUUUGCUGUCAAGAUGUUUGAUCAUUCAUCUUGAACUUUUAAAUUGUUUCCAGUGUAAAAAAUGUACCCAUAAACAGAUGUGUAAUGAAUACAAGUAGCCUGAUCCUAAGCAGGGCUACGGACCCCCAAGCCCCAUUAGUCCCCUCCUCUCACAAUUUUUUCUCUUUAACACUGUUUUGACAGUUGGAAACCAUUGUUUAGCCCACAGGGCUGUACAGGGAACAAUACUAUUUCAGGCAGUGGCCAGUGGCCCCACCCUUUGCAUGAUGUAGGCAAGGCAAUUGGUGAAUAUGGGUGUGUUAGGUAGAUUGUACCUUUUUCAUUUAG